AUGUUACCAGAACCUAUCAAUAUCAAGAAAUGGAUCGAAGAGAACGAGCAUCUCUUACAGCCUCCAGUCAACAAUUUCUGUCUUCAUAGAGGUGGUUUCACUGUGAUGAUUGUUGGGGGACCAAAUGAAAGAACAGAUUAUCAUGUCAACCAAACUCCAGAAUGGUUUUAUAUGUACAAAGGUGAUAUGACAUUGAGAGUUGUUGAUGAAGGGAAGUUCAGAGAUAUCACAAUCCGUGAGGGUGAUUCAUUUUUAUUGCCUGGGAAUACUCCUCAUAAUCCAGUUAGAUAUGCUGACACUAUAGGUCUUGUUGUUGAACAAGACAGGCCAGAAGGAGUCAAUGACCAGAUAAGGUGGUACUGUUCCAAUUGUUCGGAGAUCGUUCACAACAUAACAUUUUAUUGUUCUGAUCUGGGUACUCAAGUGAAGGAAGCAAUUUUGACUUUUGACAACAAUAUCGAUUUGAGAACAUGUAAGACAUGCGGAACACUAAACUACUCAAAACCUCAAGUGUCCGAAGACUGA